GCUCAGCUUUCUAUUACACCUGCCUCACCUCCCGCCUUCCUUGAGAUCUGAAUAUUUCUCGACCACUUCUGCGUCUCACGUAAACAUUUCUUUGAACUCUCUUCCCGCUGUGAUAUCUCUGAGUGUGAUAUCGCUAGUGCCACCACCUGAAAGAAACGUCUGGACCCUCCUGCCCAGGUUAUGAAAAUCCCUUUAACUGCCACAGUUUGCUUACCUGUCUCAUCGCCUCCUGGAUUUUAUAUCUCUGCUAAAGUCAGUGAUGUGAAAAGACCUGACAUGGAUGAUAUUGCUGAUAGGAUGAGAAUGGAUGCUGGCGAAGUAACUUUAAUGAACCACAAUUCCAUAUUCAAAACCCAUCUUCUGUCACAAACAGGUUUUCCAGAGAACCAGCUUUCGCUUUCUGAUCAUCAGAUAUUACCUUCCAGUCAAGGAAAUUUGGAUCAGUCUUUUACAUACUCCUCAAGAAGUGCAGCUUAUAAUCCAAAUUAUUAUUCAGACAACCCUUCCUCAGACAGUUUUCUUGGUUCAGAAGACUUAAGAACCUUUGGUCAGAGUGCAAAUGGCCAGUGGAGAAAUUCCACUCCAGCAUCAGUUUCAACUUUACAGAAAUCAAGAAACAGCCGAAGUCUUUACCUCGAAACUCGAAAGACCUCAAGUGGAUUAUCAAAUACUUUUAUGGGAAAGUCAAGCCAUCACUGCCAUGUAUCUGCAUAUGAAAAAUCUUUUCCUAUUAAGCCUAUUCCCAGUCCAUCAUGGAGUGGUUCAUGUCGUCGAAAUCUUUUGAGCCCCAAGAAAACUCAGAGGCGACAUGUUAGCACAGCCGAAGAGACAGUUCAAGAAGAAGAGAGAGAGAUAUACCGACAACUACUGCAGAUGGUUACGGGGAAACAGUUUUCUGUAGCAAAACCCACCACACAUUUUCCUUUACACCUGUCUCGAUGUCUUAAUUCAAGUAAGAGUACUUUGAAAGACUCACUGUUUAAAAAUGGAAAUUCUUGUGCAGCUCAGAUCAUUGGGUCUGAUACUUCAUCAUCUGGAUCUGCCAGCAUUUUAACUACACAGGAACAACUGUCCCACAAUGUGUAUUCCUUGUCAUCUUAUACCACAGAUUCUGACCCUCUCCAUCAAACCCAGCAUCAGCACUCACUUCCACAUCAGCCAGAUAACUUACCAGCUUCAAAUACACAAUCUGAAGGAUCAGACUCUGUGAUUUUACUCAAAGUGAAAGAUUCUCAUACUCCAACUCACAGUACUACAUUUUUCCAGGCAGAGCUGUGGAUCAAAGAAUUAACUAGUGUUUAUGAUUCUCGAGCACGAGAAAGAUUACGCCAGAUUGAAGAACAGAAAGCACUUGCAUUACAGUUUCAGAACCAGAGAUUGCAGGAACAGGAACAUUCAGUUCAUGAUUCAGUAGAACUGCAUCUUCGUGUACCUCUUGAAAAGGAGAUCCCUGUCACAAUCACUCAAGAAACAGAAAAGAAAGGACAUAAAUUAACCAAUAGUGAAGAUGAAUUUCCUGAAAUCACAGAGGAGAUGGAGAAAGAAAUAAAGAGUGUAUUUCGAAAUGGGAAUCAGGAUGAAGUUUUGAGUGAAGCAUUUCGCUUAACCAUUACACGUAAAGAUAUUCAGACUCUAAACCAUCUCAACUGGCUCAAUGAUGAGAUCAUCAAUUUCUACAUGAAUAUGCUGAUGGAGCGAAGUAAAGAGAAGGGGUUGCCAAGUGUGCAUGCAUUUAAUACAUUUUUUUUCACUAAGCUAAAAACAGCUGGAUAUCAGGCAGUAAAACGCUGGACAAAGAAAGUAGAUGUAUUUUCUGUUGACAUUCUUUUGGUGCCCAUUCACCUGGGAGUGCACUGGUGUCUUGCUGUUGUGGACUUCAGAAAGAAGAAUAUUACCUAUUACGACUCUAUGGGUGGGAUAAACAAUGAAGCCUGCAGGAUCCUCUUGCAAUACCUAAAGCAGGAAAGCAUUGACAAGAGGAGGAAAGAGUUUGAUACCAAUGGCUGGCAGCUCUUCAGCAAGAAAAGCCAGGAAAUUCCACAGCAGAUGAAUGGAAGUGACUGUGGAAUGUUUGCCUGCAAAUAUGCUGACUGCAUUACCAAAGACAGACCAAUCAACUUCACACAGCAACACAUGCCAUACUUCCGGAAGCGCAUGGUCUGGGAGAUCCUCCACCGAAAGCUCUUAUGAAGAUUUACUCAGCAGACGUUGACCUUGUGGGGGACCAGCUUUUGUUGUCUACAGCCAGAGAACUUGGAAACAGCUGCUCCCAACUCUCUAUUCUUGUAAAACCCUUGAUCCUGGACCAGGCCCUGGCAAGAUGCAUUCACAAGCACAUCUGCCUUUCCUUUUGUAUCUCAGAUACUAUUUUUGCAAAGAAACUUUGGUGCUGUGAAAGGGGUGAGGGACAUCCCUAAGCUGAAGAGAGAGACUGCUUUUCACUUCUUCAGUUCUGCCAUCUUGUUUUCAAAGGGCUCCAAUCUCACUCAGUCCCUAAUUAGGGUACUGAGAGAAGUUUGGAAAGACUAGAUUGCAUAUAAACUCUUGUUGUUAGGCCUUACUAAGAUGUAGGAAAGGGCCUGGGCAAAAGGGUAGGGCUAAACACCACCAGCAUACAUACAUAUACACAUAACACUCACACGUGAUCGUCAAGACAUAAUCAGGAAGGUGACUGUAAACUGGACUUCGGGGCACAUGCAUAAAUCCCUCUACAGGACUUUUCUUAUUUAUACACCCCUAUGUGAAAUUUGUCUGCUUCUGUACAAUGCUGUUUUAUCAUCUGAAACUUCCUCCCAUCCUGAGGCACAAAACAAGAGCCCUGGUAGACUCCAGAGUCCCAGACAUUCUUUUCCUUAAAAGCAGCAGGGGUUUGCAUGUGCUCACAACACAUGAUAGGGAGAUGACCCACCCAGGGAGUGGUUUAGUGGAGCAACAAGGCACCACUUUUACUGCCACUAGUUCUGACCAAGAAGAAGAAGGACCUCAGUCUUUAGCAUAGAAUUCCAGCACUGGAUAAGUGCAGGUCUAGUUUGGUCGUGGCUUGUUAGUUUAAAUAUGUUUCUAACCACAAAGAAUUUUAUAUAUAUAUAUAAAGUAUAUAUAUAUAUAUAUAUAUAUUUCACAGUGAUACGCUUAUUUUGAAAAAGGCUGAAUGUGUUCACCAUUUUAGCCGGUAGAUUUAUUACCAUUUUCCAAAUUUAGCUCCAACAUGCACAGAUUCCAGCCCCUACAUGUAGGGUGUCUGUGGAUUUCCUAACAGAGUAUUUUGAGACAUGGAUGAACUUUGAUUUCGGGGUAUAGAUUACAGAGGGAGGUGAAGGGAAGUGAGACUUUGAGUUGGAAAAUGGAUGAAAUUGGACUGAUCAACUUGAGAUUUAAAAAUCAUCUAUCCCCGCCGUCUGAGAGCUCCUCAGGCUAGAUAGUGAAAUGAUCCAACGUCAGUGUCAUUUUGUACUUAAGUUCCAAAAUAGGAACAUUUUAUACUUUUUUCUGUAUCGUAAUAGGUAGUUUUGUAUGAAAUCUUUUCUCCUCUUGUACCCCAUCUUUUUCAGCAUUGUGCUUUCUCCCUGGGCUUAUUUGACAAUUUUACUCUGUUUUAUACCAAGCUUGUUUAGUACAUUUUUCUAUGUUUUACCACAGGUUACAAUUUGAAAAGAAAACUAUUUUUUUUAAAUAUUCCAUUGUUAACUGAAUGUUACUGUUUUCACUCCAGCAAGUAGAUGUCCUUUUCCGUAACUGCCUGCCUUUUGGAGGGAAGACCACCUUUUUUUUUCUUUCUUCCACCUUUUUAAUUUGUGUGUGUGUGCUUUGUGCGUGUGUGUGUGCUCGUGUGUGUGUGUGUGUGUGUUCUGUAGGAAAUAAAUAGCUUUCUAUGUUUGA